AUGAAAGUAAAUUCAUAUUCGUGCACAGUGCUGAUCAGCACGAUAUUUUGUGUGCUCGGCGCGUCUCUCAGCAAAUCCCUGUUAUAUCAAGCGCCCGACGAAUGUCGAUGGUCCGGGUACACCGAUAACGAUAUCACGCUCGUGUGUCGCCUCCGAACGAUAAAUAGUGAAUUAGAAAAUACGAAUUUUAGUGUCAUACAACCGCACAACACAAUUAGACUGAAACUCGAGUGCAACGAUAAUUUAUUCUUCCAAAGCAGUUUAAGUGCCGGCAGUUUUCGCCCGCUGGUCGAACUGAAAUCAUUAUGGAUCGAAUACUGCAAAAUUGGAAAUUUAACGGAAGGAAGCUUCAAAGGCUUGAAAGAACUGCGAAAUUUAACGCUGCGAACUCACAACACAGAUUGGAGCAGCAUGAACUUGGAUGUCGCUCCAAAUGUCUUUACGGAAGAAUUUUCGCAACUGGAGAGUCUCGAUUUGAGUCAAAAUAACAUGUGGGCAAUUCCUGAUGGGAUGAUUUGCCCAUUGCCCAGUUUGAGGCAUUUAAAUAUCUCCCAAAAUCGCUUAAGAGACAUUACGCCGUUUCACUUUAGUGCCUCCUUGAGUACGAGAAACAGCAAAAAAUGCGGAGGAACUUUAAAGACAAUCGAUUUUAGCGGCAAUAAUAUCGAUAAUUUACCGCCAGCGAUAUUUUCGGGACUCGCAACUCUCGUAGAAUUAAAGCUCAAGAACAACGGCUUGAACUUAAUUGCUGAUCGAGCGUUCGAAGGUCUCAUCGCUUUAUCGAAACUCGAUUUGUCUGUGAAUAAAUUGAACAGUUUACCCCCUGAGCUGUUCACUGAAGCCAAAAACAUUAAUGAACUGUAUUUAAAUAAUAACAGCAUUAAUGUUCUUGCACCUGGAAUUUUUGCUGAACUCACGCAAUUAUUGGUUUUGGACUUGAGCCAUAACGAACUCACUUCAGAAUGGGUGAAUCCAGCUACCUUCAAAGGACUUAAGCGACUUGUGUUACUCGACAUUUCCUUCAAUCGUGUCACAAAAUUGGAACAAAAUAUCUUCAAAGAUUUAACGAGUUUGCAAAUCUUGAAGAUUCAAGAAAAUUAUAUCGAAACAAUUUUCGAAAAUACCUUCGGUGAACUCAAAAACUUGCAUACACUAAUUUUGAGUCAUAACCGAUUAUCGACUAUUGAAGCGACGACUUUCCAAGGUCUUCAUGGCUUGAGUUUACUUUCCUUGGAGUACAACAGAAUUAAUCGUAUUGAUGCGAAAGCUUUCAAAAACGUCUCGAGCUUGCAAGAUUUACAUUUGAACGGAAAUAAGUUACUUCAUGUGCCAGAAGCUCUUGCUGAUGUUCCUUUAUUAAAAACUCUCGACUUGGGAGAGAAUCACAUCAGUAAUAUCGAUAAUGCGAGUUUCCGUAACAUGUUCCAUAUGUACGGACUUCGAUUGACAGAGAAUAAUAUCGAUGUUGUGAGGAAAGGAACUUUUGAUCGAAUGAAAGCUUUACAAAUUUUAAAUUUAUCGAAGAAUAAAAUUAACAAAGUUGAACCUGGUUGCUUUGAUAACAACACAAACAUACAAGCGAUCCGCUUAGAUGGCAAUUAUAUCAACGACAUAACGGGACUCUUUGCUAAAUUACCAUCUUUGGUGUGGCUGAACGUAUCAGAUAACCAACUGGAGAACUUUGACUAUGCCUUGAUUCCUGUGGGACUUCAAUGGUUGGAUAUUCAUGCGAAUAAAAUUAAAGAGCUUGGAAAUUACUUCGAGAUCGAGUCGCAGUUGAGUUUAAGUACCUUCGAUGCCAGUUCGAAUAAGUUAACGGAGAUUACAGGAAGUGCCAUUCCAAAUAGUGUCGAACUGCUUUAUUUGAAUGACAAUUUAAUCUCCAAAGUACAGUCUUACACAUUCUUUAAGAAGCCAAAUUUAACGCGAGUUGAUUUGUUUGGAAAUAAAAUUACAACUCUUGAUCCAAAUGCCCUGAGGAUUUCAGCUGUUCCGGAAAAUAAGCCCUUGCCCGAAUUCUACAUCGGCGGAAACCCGUAUCAAUGUGAUUGUAACCUGGAUUGGCUUCAAAAGAGAAAUGUAAAUUCCCGUACACAGCCAAAACUGAUGGAUUUGGAUUCGAUUUAUUGUAAACUGCUUUAUAACAGGGGCAAAACGUACGUUCCCCUUGUCGAAGCCACUCCCAAUCAAUUCCUUUGCAAGUACGAGACUCAUUGCUUUGCUUUGUGUCAUUGUUGCGACUUUUACGCUUGCGAUUGUAAAAUGGAAUGCCCGAACGGAUGUACUUGCUAUCAUGAUCAGGGUUGGACUGCAAAUGUCGUCGAUUGUAGCAGGGCUGGGUAUGAAAAUGCUUUGCCGGAUCAAAUGCCAAUGGAUGCGACUCAGAUAUAUUUAGAUGGAAACGAUUUACGAGAAUUAAGUAGUCACGCAUUUAUCGGCAGAAAAAAGUUGAAGAUACUUUUCUUGAACAAUUCGAAUAUUGAAAUGAUUCACAAUCGAACGUUCUUUGGCUUAAAAUCCCUCGAGAUUCUUCAGUUAAAUCACAAUAACAUCCGCGAGUUGAACGGAAUCGAAUUUCAUGGCAUCGAAAAUUUGCAAGAACUGUAUCUGCAGAAUAAUAGAAUUAGCACGAUCGAUUCUCAAACAUUCACGCAUCUUACAAAUCUAAAGACUUUGAGACUCGAUCAUAAUAAGCUCAUAGAUUUGAAUGUUUGGUUCUUGCCGAAACAAACGGAAAUUCGCUUGAGCAGUAAUCCAUGGAGUUGUGAAUGUGACUUUGUAGAGCCCUUCAGAGAGUAUAUCAAGAUGAAUGAAUUGCUCGUAAAGGAUCGUAUGAAGAUCCGUUGUUCGAUGCAAGCUAAUGGAAGUCUCACAGUAGGUUCUAAUGCAACAAGUCCCGAUCAAAUUUUGAACAAAGAAAAGCUUUAUCGUAAAAUUGAGGGAUUUGUUAUUUUCACGUCGGAGCAAAAUAUGUCAGCAAUGUGUACGGGAGCUGUUCCCAUCGACAAUGCGAUUAACGGGAAUUUGACCUUGAAGAAGACAAUUCUUGCCAAAGCUCCAAUGGAAGGUUAUGUCCCGUUACUGAUCACAACUUUGGCGGGAUUUUGUGUCGUGAUAAUUGUGACACUUUUGCUCUUUAUUUUCCGACAAGAGAUGCGAGUUUGGUUUUAUUCCAAGUUCGGCGUGAGACUCUUCUAUCGCACAACUGAUAUGGAUAAAAAUGAACGUGAUAAACUUUUCGAUGCCUUCAUCUCGUACAGCAGCAAAGACGAGGCCUUCGUGAUCGAAGAACUUGCCCCCUUGUUGGAACAAGGCGAUCCGGCGUACAAACUUUGCCUGCAUUAUCGCGAUUUUCCCGUUGGUGCCUACAUUGCCGACACAAUAGUACAAGCUGUCGAAUCUAGUCGUCGUACAAUCAUGGUACUUUCGGAAAAUUUCAUCAAAUCCGAAUGGUGUCGUUUCGAAUUCAAGUCGGCGCAUCAUCAAGUCCUUCGUGAUAGGAGAAAACGAUUAAUUGUCAUCUUACUUGGCGAAGUGCCGCAAAAGGAUCUCGAUCCGGAUAUUCGGUUGUAUCUUAAGACAAACACGUAUCUCCAAUGGGGCGACAAACUCUUUUGGGAAAAACUCAAAUUUGCCUUGCCCGAUGUUCCGAAUAAUCAGAGGAGAGCGCCGCAUCAUCCGGGUAUCCAUCAUGGGGCGAAUAUUCCUCACACAAUAACAAUGAGUCAACAUAGCAACUUGAGAAGUCAUCAUAAUCUGAAUCGCAAUCGUAACAGUAAUCAUAACAUAAAUAAUACAACAAGUAGUCAGAUAAUGAAUCAACAAUUGCCUCCGUUGCCGCAACAUCAUCAGCAGCUACACAAUACAAUUAGUGGGAAUAAUAGAAAUAACUCGCCGAGGACUGUGGCGAUUCACAUAUAA